AAUCGAAACUUGUCACAGAUUAAGGAGAGGGAAAAGGUUCUUAAGGCGCAACAAGAGCAAUGGGACGAGCAGAACCAUGGUAAUAAUAUGCCUCCGCUUCCACCCCCGCAGCAGCAUCAAAUCCAGCAUCCUUACAUGCUCUCCCAUCAGCCAUCUCCUUUUCUCAACAUGGGUGGGCUGUAUCAAGAAGAAGAUCAAAUGGCAAUGAGGAGGAACGAUCUCGAUCUGUCUCUUGAACCCGUUUACAACUGCAAUCUUGGCUGCUUUGGCGCAUGAAGCAAUUCACGGAUAAUAUUCAUAAUCAUCAAUAAUAAAACAAUGCGCUACAUAUAAUGGCGAGCCUUGUUAUUCGAUUAAUUAAUCUGUGUGGGCAAGUUCCAUGUUCCUGUAUCAUAUAUAUAAAUUAGCAAGUUCCUAUUUUGUCUCUUUUUAUCCUUCUCAAGUUCUUCUGCUUCAGUAUGAGGCAAAAUUGUAAUAUCUGAACUGAUAUUUUGGAACCUUCUAAUAAGUCAGUGUCCAAAAUCAAAAAUUAAAUCGUUUCUAUGGAAUUUCAAUAUUUUAUCUUCA